AAACGUAAUGACGUCAUGCGUAUUUGGAAAAGAAGCGGGCACGGAAGAAAAUGGCGCAUGGUUGUCACUAGUACUGCAAAAUAAUUCAUACUUCAGGAAAGAAGACCUUUAACAACGUGGUCGCAUUUGGCUCACCAUGUCGUUGCUGAACCCGUUUAGUAGGCGGCCUGCUUUGAACACCGCUAGUAUAUUGCUCGUGGAGAGAGAAGAAGAGUUUCAGCAGAGAUUAGCUGAGGUUCUGGUGAAGGAGACAGCAGUCACGUUGAAUGUGAGACUAGCAAAAAGUCUGCCUUUGCCCGCCGCGCACGAGCAGAGUCGCCCCAGGAUAGACCUGGUGGUUUUUAUCAUCAACCUCACGUCAGACCUCAGUCUGCAGUCUGCUGAAGCUUCCCUCAAGUAUUUGGACCCUGAAUAUUUCCUUGGAAAAGUCUGCUUCAUGGCCACCAACGCACGCAACGCCGCCAUUCCACCAGAGCGCCUGGACGCCCUCAGAGAACUGGCUGCGUCACUACACUGCACGCUGCUCUUUGCGGAGGAUCAGACGGCAGAUGGUGCGACCAACGCCUCGGAGAGACUGCUGACCAUCCUGAAGGUGGCGGCCGGUCUCGUUCCCAUGACGACGGCGCUCUAUCUGUCUAACCUGAUGAUGUGCACAGUGCCCUCAGACAAUAAUGAAACGGAUUUUGAUUAGCUACUGCCACCGGACUGGCAUGCUCUCUGACUUUUACAUGAUUAUGUUCUCUGUAGUUGUACUCUGCCACCAGUGUUCAGUUCUUCAUUUUAUAUUUUAUAUUUAUGUAUUCUCCUCUCCUCUCAGUUUUGGAUCGAAACUGCACUGCAUCAUUCUGUGGGGCGUUUCUACUUGGUUACCUUAUUGAGCUAAAUGUCAAACCAUUAAAAACACCUCAUGGUAUAAUGCAGUUCUGUUCUGAGAUAAGCUUGUUUAGCCUGUAUGUAUUUCUGGCCUAGCUGUCGCCAGCAGUUAAAUAGAACGUGUAAGAUAACAUUUCCACAUAAACUGAUUUCUUCCCGUGAAAGAGGCUUUAAAUGUCAUCAAAUAUUUAACUGCAGUGCAGUGGUUGAGGACCCUGGGGGGACUUGUUGAUGGCAGCCUUUGUGCCCUGUGUCACGUCUUCAUCCUGCACUGAAGCAUGCGCACGCUUGCUAUUAAUAGGUUAUCAUCACGGCAAUUAUCCGUCAUCCAUGUUCACGGUUUUGCAGCACGGUGCAAGAGACUGGAGGCACAUGAAGGGCUGGGGAAUCUUUGCUCUGAACUUUCUUUCACUUCAAUCUUACGGUGAAAAUUUGACUGAUUAAAGGGGCGGCAAAAAAAUCAUUCAAUGGCAUUUUUCAAAACAAUUUUCAAAGAUCCACCUGGCUUCAAACGGGAAUAUUAAAACCGAAAUGUCCUGAAAGGUGAAAAUAAAAAUUAAUAAAUAAAUUCAAAUAUCAGUAGGUAGAUGGACUUAUCUCUGAGUCAUUUAAAAUAAAGGACUCAAUAAAAUUAGUGCUGUGCUGUGCUGUUUAAGCUCAUUUUGUAAAUGUCAACAUAAAGUAUUUAAAUGCCCUUUUGCUCAAAUUAGUUUUGUCCUUUGCUUGGCAUGAUUGUAUUUAUGUGAACUGACCGUGCAGUAGCGCCGUUUGCUUUUUUGUGGUACCGAUCGUUAGUCUGCCCAAGCUUCUGUGGAGGAAACAAAAGAAAGAGUUUGGGUUUGGUCGAGUUUCUUUCUCUGUUGUAACAAUUUUUCUUGCCAAAUAUUGAAUUCUGUGUCAUGGGAAUAUUUAUAAUGUGGAAAUUACGCUGAAUAAUUUGACAUUGGGAUGGUUUCAAUCAAUUAACAAAUGUGGACGGAUGAAUUCACUUGAUAAAGAUUUCAGUUGGAGAUAUUUGUUGAAAAUGGGGAAUUCUGGUAAAAGUGGGAAAACUGUGAAAUUGAAAAAUGGCUGCCCGCAUGCCCUUAAUGAGCUGAAUAUCCAUGUUGGAAGUUGUCGCAUGUCCAAAAAAAUGUCAGGAAUAACAUUGCCACGAAUAAAAUGAUUUCGUUUUCAAACGUU